GUUCUGAUUAGCACCACCACUGCUCAGGCACAUGAGCGCCCGUUGCUGAUGGCAGUGUUGCAGUUGAAAGCAGAGCUUGACGUCAGUGUAAGGAGUUGAGAGGAGCCCCACCACUGGCUGGCCAGGACAAUCAGAACUAUCUCUGCAGCUUGUGCUCCUGAGCUCCAAGGCAUAAUCUUGCAGAACAGCGCGUGCAUUUUAUAUUAGCACGUUGAUGGGCAGGCCAAUCGCGCAGUGACGAUGGGUGGGUGCACUAUGGCCGCAGAGUUGAGGAUGGGCCCAGCUGUUGGUGAGCUUCUCAGCAGCCCAUCCUGUGGCUUGAACAAUCACAGCCCAACUUUGUACAGACCCCUCUGCAGGCAUCUAUUCGCAUCCCCCACACAUAACCCCUUGCAUGCUAACAGCACGCAAAAGGCUAACGGCAUUCGGAGGCAUCUCAACAGAAGAAUCCUUCCCCCCAGACCACUCGUGAUUGCAAGCAGCCAGCGAGACUGCCCACAAAACGAUGCGGCUCCUAUUGCCCCUCCCUUGCCACCAAGCUCCGCUGAGUCCUCCAAUGCUGCACCGCCAGCUGGCGCCUCCGCUGCCCAGCUGUCCCGCCGGCAGGCCCUCAUUGCGGCGGGCGCCGCUGCAGGGACGGGCCUGGCGCCCGCAGCCUUGCGGCACCGGCCGGGGCUAACGGCGGCAGAGAGUGUUUCUGACGGAGAGCCGGCAGCCAUAGCGGCACUGCGCGAACGCGUGUCAGCAUUCACUUUGAGCAACGGCAUGCGCUGGCUGGUGCUGGAGCGCCACAACGCGCCCGUCAUUGCGUGCCACACGUAUGCGGACGUGGGCGCCUCGGUGGAGGUGGCGGGGCAAACGGGGAUUGCCCACUUGCUGGAGCACAUGGCUUUCAAGGGGACAGCACGAGUAGGCACCACCGAUCCACGCAGGGAGGCACAGCUGCUCGACUCCAUCGACGAAGUGUUCUACAGCAUGCGCGACGCUGAAGCCAGCGGCAACUCUGCCCGCGUGUCCAAGCUCCGAGACGAGUUUGCCCGGCUGUUGGCGGCGGCCGAGCAGCUGGCGGUGCCCAACGAGUAUGGGUCCAUCCUGGCGCGCCAGGGGGGGGUAGGCCUCAAUGCGGCCACCAGCCAGGACAACACAGAGUAUUACGUGUCGUUGCCUGCCAACAAGCUGGAGCUGUGGAUGGCCCUUGAGAGUGGCCGCUUCAUUGCACCCGUCUUCCGGCAGCUCUACAAUGAAAAGGAGGUGGUGAAAGAGGAGCGCCGAUUACGCGUGGACAACUCCCCUUACGGCCGCUUCAGCGAGGAGUUUGCGCGUGUCGCGUUUGCCGGUGCGCCGUACGGGCGGCCCGUGAUAGGCUACCCCGGCGACCUGGAGGCGCUCGGCCGCCGCGAGGUGGACGCCUUUUUCGCGCGGCACUACCGCCCCGACACGCUCACCUGCGCGGUCGCGGGGGACGUCGACCCCACCACCGUGCAGCGCCUCGCGGAAAAAUACUUCGGUCCUUGGCGGCCUUUCUCGCCGGACCCACGCGCGGCAGCGGAGCUGCGGGCGGCGGCCGCGAUUGCGGGCGAGUGGCCACAGGCGCAGGGGCCCAAAGAAGUGCGCGCCUCGUUGCCGGCCAACCCGUUCUACAUGGAGGGCUACUUGCGCCCCCCCUCUAGUUCCCCGCUGGACCCGUCCCUGUCCGUUCUGUGCGACGUGCUCAGCUCCGGCCGCACGUCGCGCCUCUUCCGCCGCCUCGUCGUCCCGGGCAAGCUGCUCUCCGUGGACGCCGCCGAGAGCUUCCCCGGGGACCAAAUGGCCACGCUGCUCCUGCUCUACGGAAUCCCCAAGCCCGGCAGCAGCACGGAGGACGUCGCGUCUCUCCUGCACAGCGAGCUGGACAGCCUGCUGUCGCAACCACUGACGGAAGACGAGUUGCUGCCCGCCAAGAAGUCGGCCAAGGCGGGCCUGCUCGAAGCGUUCGGCAGCAACCGCGCCAUGGCGCGCCUGCUCUGCGAGUACGAGGCGACAACGGGCAGCUGGGCCAACCUGCUCCAAGAGCCGGACAAGAUCCAGGCGGUCGCCCCCAACGACAUCCAGGCCGUCGCGCGGCGGCUGUUCCGGCCGGAUAAUCGUGUUGCGGGCCACGUGAGCAUGGGGCCGUUCGAUGGGUUCUCUGUGUCGGCUCCCUCCAUGUAAGAUGGCUGGGGUUUGAAAAUGAUUCAGUAGAAGGACAAAGAUGUGUGUUGCGUAGAAUUUCAACAUAGAAGAACGUCGCCUGGUGUUGCCGCUGCUAGCUCUGCAUGAGCCGCGAAGGUGUGAUAACAGCUAAAGUACUACAAGUACCUAGCUCGACAGUGGAUAAAGUCAAGGGGCGUAUUUUGAGAGUUACGUACGGUAGUUGCAAUUCAUGUACGACUUGCCGGUUGCACGUAGAAUCAAAUGGCACAUUAUUAAACGCCCAUCAGUGCCAACUUACCUAGGCC